AUGAAUAAGGCACCUGUAUUAUCCUCAGUAGGAGGCUUAAUUAUUGAUGACAUUUAUUACCCCGAUGGCAGAAAGAUAUGUAAUGUACUUGGUGGUGGAGGUGUAUUUGCAAUUUAUGGUAUGAGAAUAUGGCAGCCUUCACCAAGUUCUCAAGAGAUUGGAUACAUUGUACAAAAGGGCUUUGAUUACCCACAAGAAAUAGAUGACCAACUCAACCGAUUGAACAUCUCUUUGAUUUCAAAAUACCAUCCCGAUAAAUAUACCACACAUGGAAUCAACAUAUUUGGAGCAAAUGACCACCGUGAUUUCCAAUACAAACAUCCAAUCAUCAGAAUAACCGCAAACGACUUUUCUGAAAGUUGGAUAAAAUCAUUACGUGUCGUUCAUGUCAUAUCCUCAGCAGAAAGAGCUAUUGAAAUUAUAAACGAGUGGCGACAGAGGGAUCCAGAAAGCAAGACGCAGUUUCUUUGGGAACCGUUACCAUGGGCGUGUUUGCCAGAGAAUUUGCAAGAGAUAUGUGAAGCGUGUCAGGGGAUAGAAAUUAUCUCACCUAAUCACGAAGAGAUAGCAGAAAUGCUUGGAUACAAGUUUGAAGAGUUAUUAUCACAGCACAGCAAUGAUUUUAAACAAACAGUAGAGUAUUGUGCUAGAUUGCUUUUUGAUAAAAUUAAAAAGAGCACUAUCAAACUUGUGGUACGGGCAAGCAAAUAUGGGGCGAUAGUUAUGACAAGCGGCUGCAUGGAGUGGGUACCAGCCUAUUGGGACAACAGGACUGAGAAUGACAAGGUAGUGGAUGUGACAGGUGCAGGAAAUGCCUUCUGUGGAGGAUACGCUGCAGGUUGGCUUCAUACUCAUGAUCCAGUUCGUUCUGCUCUUUAUGGAGCUGUGUCGGCAAGUUAUGUUGUUGAACAGAUAGGAGUGCCUUCAUUAGUAGAGCCGGAACAAUGGAACCAAGGACCAAGUCCAAUGGAUCGAUUAAGCUUAUUAGAAACAACAAGUGUAGCUUUAUAUGAAUAUCUACCUAAUGCAGAGAACAGUGACUUGUUCUUGUCAAGUCCAAAUCGUCGAGUCACUGGCCCUGUGUGCAUUCCCAGUGAUGACUAUUCCAAUGAGUUCAGCCAUAUUUGA